GAAUGUGGAAGCAUGACAACUAAAAAAUUGAGAAACUUCCCGGGGAUUUUAUCUCAAUUCUCAUUUCUCAAGCAACAAAAUACAAAAAUAUCGUCGUUUUAUCCACAUUUCAUCAUCUUUCCUCCUCUGUUCUUCUCUUCAUAAACUCAAUUAUUUCUACUAAUUUUCUUCCAAAAUCUCAAUCAACUUCAAAAAUACCCCUUCUCCCCCUCCCUUUUUCUCUUUUUGCAUUUUAGGGUUUCCAGUCAUUUACUGAAGAAUGCGAGUUAUUCUCUAACCACUUCUGAAAUUGCACACUUUUUCACGUUGGAAAGCUGAUAUUGUGAUCCAAAGUAAAGAGCUAAAACAAAUUUAUGCAGGAAUCUUUGGCUGACAAUGUUGGGUUGUGGUUAUGAGCACUUCUAUAGUGUUAAUUGACAAUUUAAUGGUCUUAAACCCUAGUUUAUGCUCUUCAAUUCAUAGGAAAAGUUGGAAUUUUUUGCCUAGCUAUAGGGUUAAGGAAAGCUUAGGGAGUAGAAAUAAGAGGGUUUUAAGGUUAGUGGUUCCAAAUGCGAAGAAAAAGAAGGGAUUUAAUUCAAGAAAAAGAAGUUGGUUGGAGAGAUUCUUCUCCGAGGAGGAUGGGAAUUGGCUUGGUUUAAAGGAGGAAGAUUUGGAUGAGGGUGAUGAUGAUGAUGAAGAAGAUGACGAUGAGGAGAAAUUUGAGGCAUGGAAGAAGAGGGCGGAGGCAAUAAUUGAAUUGAGAGAGGCUCAAGAGGGGAUUAGGAAUGAAGAGAAUAGAAAUUGGGAAGAUUGGCUUGUUUUUGAUAAAGGAAAUGGUGGGAUAAAGAGAGAGGAUUGGGAUUAUGAUAAUGAGGAUAAUGUUAAAGAAUUAAGGGAAGAAGAUGUUGCUGGUGACGCGGAUGAGAUGAUGCCUGAGAAGGGUUUGGUCAAAGUUAUUGAGGAUUUAAUUCUUGGGAAAGAAGAUGAUGAUUUGUUGUAUGAAGACCGUGUUUUUCAAUUUGCUUCGAGGAAUUCGGCUAAAUUUUUGGCUGUUUUGAUUGUUAUUCCUUGGGCAUUGGACUUUUUAGUUCAUGACUAUGUUCUCAUGCCCUUUUUGGACAGAUAUGUCAAGACAGUACCACUUGCUGCAGAGUUGCUUGAUGUGCGUAGAGAACAAAAACUUGAAAUGGUCAAAGAGUUACAUACUGAGAAAGCAAGGCUUCGGUUUGAAGCUGAGAUUGGUAAAUCCCCACCACUUUCAGAGAAGGAGACAUGGUCAGAAUUGCGGCAUAAAGCGCUUGAGUUGCGAGAUGAAUGGAGGUUAAAUAAUCGAAGAGCAUUUGCCAAUAUAUGGUCUGAUAUGGUCUUUGGAAUAUCGGUGUUCCUCCUACUAUACUUCAACCAAAGCAAAGUGGCUUUAUUGAAAUUCACAGGAUAUAAAAUCAUCAACAAUAUUUCAGACACUGGAAAAGCAUUUCUCAUUAUUCUCAUCACUGACAUCUUUCUUGGGUAUCAUUCUGAAUCUGGUUGGCACACGGUAUGUGAAGUCAUUGUCGAGCAUUACGGAUUGGAGGUUGAUCAGUCUGCCAUUACCAUUUUUAUUUGCCUGGUCCCAGUUGUCAUGGACGCCUGUGUGAAGCUUUGGCUGUUCAAGUUCCUGCCGAGAUUAUCUCCAAAAGUUUCCAAUAUCUUCCAAGAAAUGAAACGUCACUGAAGAGAUUUUACGAUUGAUAAAAUACUCCAAUUCUUUGUUAGAGGCGAUUACAUUCAAGAGAUGGAAUCGAGGUUCCUGUUAUGAAUGGCCUUCAAGUGUUCUGGUCACAAAACAUCAUUGUGCUCAUAUUUUGUUGGUGCAGCAAGACCUUGAUAUGAUCAAAUAAAGCUCAAUUGAAUACAACUUUAUAUUGAUUGAAGCAAACACGAGGGCGGUUCAAUGGUUGUUCCCUCCACAUCCAAUUCUAUGCUUCGUAGCUGCCUCUUAUUGUCAUACAAGAGUUACACUAUUCAUUGAUUACUCUUAGUUUAUAUUUUAUUCUUAAUAUAUAUACUAGACUGAGAAUUUGUUUGAUUCGUUUCAACGUAAAUUUUACUAGUGUUAACUUUUUAUAGUUUUAAAUUAUACAAUUUAAAGUUAUUAAGAA